UUCUUUCGGAUUCGCUGCUGGCAAUCCGAAUUCGAAUAUCGAUUUGAGUUCGACUGACAAAAUUUGAUAAAAAUAAAAAAAAAGGAAAAUUUUGCUCGUCAGUCAUAUUUUUCCAUCGUGCAUCAAGGCAAGUGCUAAUAAAUACCGAAUAGAUUGAAACCAUGCUUCGGUCAGCGGCAGGCCAGUUGUUGGGAGUCCUCCGCGGAAGCGUCGGAUUGACGGCCUCCCGCCUUGGUGCCACUGGGGCGGUCCGUUUCUCACACAGUGAGGAAAGCGCUGAAGAAUUUGAUGCUCGCUAUGAAGCUUACUUCAACCGUAAGGACAUCGACCAUUGGGAAGCUCGCAAGGCUAUGAACGAUCUUCUGGGAAUGGAUUUGAUUCCGGAUCCCAAGAUCAUCAACGCUGCAUUGCGCGCCUGUCGUAGAUUGAACGACUAUGCCCUGGCUAUUCGUUUCUUGGAGGGUUGCAAGGACAAGUGUGGUAAUCAGGUGAACACCAUUUACCCCUAUUUGCUGCAAGAGAUCCGCCCGACGCUUACGGAACUUGGAAUUGAUACGCCCGAGGAACUCGGCUAUGACCAACCGGAACUAGCUUUGAAGUCCGUGUAUGACAUUCAUUAAGCCGGAUUCGGGAUGCAUUCGUUUCCUUUGCAUUAGAAGAAAGUUAAGAAUAAAAUGCUGCGGAAAUAUUCCGAUGAUUAUGUAAUCUUUUUAUUUGACGUCGGCGAAAAAAAUAAAAAAAUGCUUCUGAGUAUUAAA